CAUUCAUCGUCCACCGGGGCUGGUAGAGGCUGAGCAAGAAUGAGGGAAGGAAUCUUGCGAGCUAAAUUCUCAAAUGGCUGGUGGGCGUUUACUUCUCCUGCUCUUAUCUGCUCCGUGUCUUUGUUUUCCUCCACUAGGUCGCCAAGGAAAGUCACAGGGGCGUCAGCGCUGAAGGAGCCGGACGAAGGUUCUCUGGUGGGCAAGCAUGAAGGGGAGAAAGACCUGGACAUCAAGCAAGACGACCCCAAAAAGAUCAUUGACAACAUCAUAGAAGAAAGCCAGAAGGCCAAUCGGCUUGAGGAGGACCCUUUGGCCCCUCCCCAAAAGGAACUGAUCAGCCACCCGUCGCACGCAGACCCUUGGGCCUCGGGAGCAGAUCUCCUCCACCACAUUCCCGAAUUCUUCAUCGCAGAAGCUGCAACGCAAGCCCCCCGCAAAGCCCCCGAGGCCCUGGCCAACGGGGUAGCGUCCCAGGAGACCUUGCCGCCUCCCGGCAACGAGGGGGCAGGUCACCCCAGAGGGGAAGAUGCCGUCACCUCCGCAGGAAGCCCAAGCGAGAGCCGAGAGCGGAAAGCAGGUGGAGGAGACCCGGAGGAGGAAGAGGAGGAGGGAGGCUGUCAGACCACCGAGCUACGGCAGCCGGAUGGAUUCGAUCCGGCGCCCCCGUCCUCGGAUCCCCCUCUCCCCCAAGGCUCCUCGGCCGCCGAUGAGCCGGCUCCGGCCAAGCCCCCCCGACAGCUGACCAUGGAGCCAGAUAUCGUGGCCAGCACCAAGAAGUCUGGCCCGGCCCGGCCCCCGCCUCCCGUGGCACUCCCACCCCCGAGGCCACCCCCGCCUGCCCGGCCGGCACCCCCACCGAGGAAGAAGAAGAGCGACUCCGAAAUCGAGACCGGCAAGAUUCCCGGCCUGGAAGUUCCUCGGGAGCCUUUUUCCCUGGGGGGCCUCCUGACACCCAACACCUCCCUGGACUCCAUGGCCAAGGACUCCCAGCCUUCCCUGGACUUGGCGAGCGCCACCAGCGGCGACAAAGUGGUCACUGCUCAGGAGAACGGGAAGUCGGCGGACGGCCAGGUGGUGUUAAGCGAAGUGAUUGGACCACAGAGACCCCGAUCAAACUCGGGCCGAGAACUCACAGACGAGGAGAUCCUGGCCAGCGUCAUGAUCAAGAACUUGGACACGGGCGAGGAGAUUCCCCUGAGCCUGGCGGAGGAGAAGCUGCCCACGGGCAUCAACCCCCUGACCUUGCAUAUCAUGCGGCGGACGAAGGAAUACGUCAGUAACGACGGGGCCCAGUCGGAUGAUGAAGACAAAAUGCAGCUGCAGCAGAGCGACACCGACGGGGGCCGCUUGAAGCAGAAAACGACGCAGCUGAAAAAGUUCCUGGGCAAAUCGGUCAAGAGGGCCCGGCAUCUGGCGGAGGAGUAUGGAGAACGGGCUGUCAACAAAGUGAAGAGCGUCCGAGACGAAGUCUUCCACACGGAUCAAGAUGACCCGUCGUCCAGCGAUGACGAAGGCAUGCCGUACACCCGGCCGGUGAAGUUCAAAGCCGCCCACGGCUUCAAGGGGCCGUAUGACUUCGAGCAAGUGAAAGUUGUUCAGGAUCUCAGCGGGGAGCACAUGGGGGCUGUCUGGACCAUGAAGUUUUCGCACUGCGGCCGGCUGCUGGCCUCCGCGGGGCAGGACAACCUGGUGCGGAUCUGGGUGCUGAAGACGGCCUUCGAUUACUUCAACAACAUGAGGAUGAAGUACAACUCAGAAGGCCGCGUCUCCCCCUCCCCGUCUCAGGAGAGUCUGAACUCGGCCAAGUCGGAUAACGAUACGGGGGUGUGCAGCGGGACCGACGAGGACCCCGAUGACAAGAGCACCCCGUUUCGGCAGCGGCCGUUCUGCAAAUACAAAGGGCACACGGCUGACCUCCUGGAUUUGUCCUGGUCUAAAAAUUACUUCCUGCUCUCCUCAUCCAUGGAUAAGACCGUCAGGCUCUGGCACAUAUCCCGGCGGGAAUGCCUCUGCUGCUUCCAGCACAUUGACUUCGUCACUGCCAUCGCCUUCCAUCCCAGGGACGACAGAUACUUCUUAAGCGGCUCGCUGGACGGCAAGCUCCGGCUCUGGAACAUUCCUGACAAAAAAGUGGCCCUUUGGAACGAGGUGGACGGACAGACCAAGCUGAUCACUGCUGCAAACUUUUGCCAGAAUGGCAAGUACGCCGUGAUCGGCACCUACGAUGGCCGGUGUAUCUUCUACGACACGGAGCAUCUCAAGUACCACACUCAGAUCCACGUGCGGUCGACCAGGGGACGGAAUCGAGUGGGGAGGAAGAUCACCGGGAUCGAGCCCCUGCCGGGUGAAAACAAGAUCCUGGUAACCUCCAACGACUCGCGCAUCCGGCUCUACGACCUGCGGGACCUGUCCCUCUCCAUGAAGUACAAGGGCUACGUCAACAGCAGCAGCCAGAUCAAAGCCAGCUUCAGCCACGACUUCACCUACAUCGUCAGCGGCUCGGAAGACAAGUACGUCUACAUCUGGAGCACCUACCACGACCUGAGCAAAUUCUCCUCCGUCAGGAGGGACCGCAACGACUUCUGGGAGGGGGUCAAAGCGCACAACGCUGUGGUCACCUCCGCCAUUUUCGCCCCGAACCCCGGCCUGAUGGUCUCCUGCGAAACAGCAGAGAAGCCCCCAGGAGAAAGCCAAAGCGAAGACUCGGAGGGCGGAGACCCCAUUCCUUCCGGCGCCUUGAAGGCCGACCACACGGAGGUGCUCCUCUCGGCCGAUUUCACCGGAGCCAUCAAAGUCUUUAUCAACAAAAAGAAAAGUCUCUCCUGAAGAGCCGCCAGCCGCUCCGUGGCCUCGCGAUGGUGGUGCCCGGGUGCGAAUCUUGUGCUUUGGUGACACAGCGCAGAAUCUGGCGCUGGAGGUUGGCUUAUCAAGUUAAAACUCCCUCCUCUACGGCUGCUGUACUUGGAGCUCCCCCCAAAAGGCAGUGUUCCUCCCCCCCCCACCCCAUUUAAGCCCUUCCCUCCCCAACUGCUUUUUAGAUUAGAAAGGGAAGAGCGGCCAGCGGCCUGGCUGAAAAUGAGAAAAAUGAGCCUUUGCGAUUUUGCAAAUAAUUCUGCUGCUACCUAAUGCAUCGGGUGCAGAAUAAUCCUGCGUGGGAAGUAGAGCGACAUAAUUCAUGCGCAGGGAUGUUCCUUCUUGGGGGGGGGGGUCACCCAGGAACAGCUUUGACCAGGUGAACAUGUAGGUGAUUCAGUGGCGCCCCGAUUCUUUUGCAAUUGCACAAAGUAAGUUCCCCUCCCAGCCCCCGAAUCUCAUGGCCUGCAGAAGCUGAUCUAUUUUUAAAAUUUUCCCCUAACGGAGCCGCGUUUCUGGCCAGGCCUUUUGGAUUAGUGGCACCCUCGUUUCGGUGUUUUAUAACGUGGAACUUCUGUGGUCUUCUCACUUGUUGUGCACUCUCAGUUCUGUUCUGUCCUCUUUGUUUGCACAUUGGAGCACAAUAUUUCUACGGAAGCGUUUCUCAUUCCUUAAUCCCAGGCACAGGGAUCCUGCGCUCACUUUAAAGCAACUUCGGCUCCAUUAGGAACAAUUCUUAUAUUUUACAAAGGAUGUAAAAUAAAAAUUAAAAAAAUCUGUUUACAUAUUUUU